UAUUAAGAGUAAACUAGAAUCUAUAACGAUAAAUUAACGGCAUUAUUUUCAGUUUUAUCCUGACGUUAGAGCGCAGUUCUUGCUUGCGCUUUCUGAAACUAAAAAAAGUCCUCAGUCAAGUUGUUAAUUCUCAUCUCUCGUAUUUUUUUAAUAGUUUCAUAGGUUAGGUAACAUCUUAACAGCCCGGUGGAGUAAACCGCGAGUAAUAUAUUUUUGCCAUUUUUUUUGUUUACCCUGUUUACCCUUCAGUUUAUUUGUUCGAUUAUCUGCAUGUAUGUUUUGUCACCAAGUGUCGCAAUCAGAUUUGACAGAAAGAUUAAAAAUUCUAUAUGUGCUGAGAAAGCCUGCACUUUGAUCUUCAACCAUAUUUACUCCGAGAAGUGACAGCUAAAAAGCUCUUCGUAACAGCAAGUCUUACUAAAGUGCUCAAUUUUAGGAAUUUCUUAGAAUUUUGUUGAAAAAAUGGCACUUUCCAAGCCCAGGGAUAUUAUUUUCGAACUAGUUGGUGCCUAUUUUAACAGACUUUAUACAAGUCCUGUGAGAACGAAAGCGGUUACAAGUUGUGUUUUUGCCACACUAGGAAAUCUAAUUUCCCAAAAAUUAUCUGGCGCCAAAUAUUUGAACCAAGACAGUUUAGUUGCAUUCGCUCUAUUCGGACUUCUGAUCGGUGGUCCAGUGCCACAUUAUUUUUAUAUGUACGCCCAGCGGUAUUUGAAACAUCCCAUGGGGCUUUUGCUGGUUGAAAGAUUGUUGUACACACCAGGAUUUUUAGCUCUAGCACUUUAUAUGCUUGCGCGAUUUGAGGGGAAAUCGCACGAAGCAUCACGUGACCAGUUGAAAAAACUUUACUGGCCAACACUCACAGCCAAUCUGAAAUAUCUCACGCUUUUGCAGUAUAUCAACAUACGAUUCGUACCACCUGUGCUACGUGUUUUGUUCGUGAACAUGGUUGGUUUAUUCUGGUCUGUUUACUUAGCCAAUCAACGUGCGAAACUCGCCAAAGAUAAAUCUGCUAGGAACUAGUAUAUUUAUUUCCUAUCAGCAGACUGACUCUUUUUUUGUUAUAGAAAGGUGAAUUUUACCUUUUGGAAUUAUGUUAUCAAACAAAUGGGGGUGGUUCGUUAUAUAAAACUAAAACUAUAUUACGUUAAUGGAUAGAAACUAUGUUAUAGUGAAGUGUAAAUUACAAAAAAUUAUAUAUUUUCUACUUACGUUCUUCAUCUACAAAGAAAUCCAGUAGGUAAUUUUUGGAAUCAAAAAUUAAGAUCAAAUUGCUGGAAUUAUUGCAUUUUUUACAGUCAUUUAAUAUUAGAGAUUUGAUAAACUUUUAUUCUACUUAAAAAUAAAAAGAAGCUUACACUGCGAUAAAAAUAUAAAGUGAUGUAUAAAUCAUCUUAAGUCUGUACAUUCCAAUGUAAAUUGUUUAUAAAUAUAAUAGAAAGUAUUUUCAG